UCUCCCUCUAGCAACGCGAAAGAGGGAGGGAAAGAGGAGGACGUGGCUUUCACCCUGUCCACGCUAAGGCCCCAGCCGAGGGUCUUCCCGGAAGCCCACCUCCCCGCGCGCGCCGUCCCGCGGCAGGAAUGGGCUCGGCCCCUUUAAAUCCCGCCCGGGGCCGCGCCCUUCCCGGCUCGGCGACUGGGAAUUGCGGCCCGGCGCGCGCUCUCCGCGCUCCCGGCGCCGAGCCCGCGACCCCGCGCGCCGCCUCCGAGCGCCGGGCCUGCGGACGCAGGGGCCGUGCGCAUCAUGAGCCGCAUCUACCACGACAGCGCCCUCCGGAACAAGGCGGUGCGGAGCGCGCGGCUGCCGGGGGCCUGGGACCCCGCCGCCCACCAGGGGGGAAAUGGCGUCCUGCUGGAGGGAGAACUGGUGGACGUGUCUCGGCACAGCAUCUUGGAUGCCCGUGGUAGGAAGGAGCGCUACUACGUGCUCUACAUCCGGCCCAGUCGCAUCCAUCGCCGGAAGUUCGACCCCAAGGGAAACGAAAUCGAGCCCAACUUCAGUGCCACCAAGAAGGUGAACACGGGCUUCCUCAUGUCGUCCUACAAGGUGGAAGCUGCGGGGGACACGGACAGACUCACGCCCGAGGCGCUGAAGAGCCUGGUACAAAAGCCAGAACUGCUUGCGCUGACGGAGAGCCUCACCCCCGACCAGACGGUGGCGUUCUGGAUGCCCGAGUCAGAGAUGGGGGCGAUGGAGCUCGAGCUGGGGAUCGGGGUACGGCUGAAAACCCGAGGCGACGGCCCCUUCCUGGAGUCAUUAGCCAAACUUGAGGCUGGAACAGUGACCAAGUGUAAUUUCGCUGGUGAUGGAAAGACAGGAGCAUCCUGGACGGACAACAUCAUGGCCCAAAAGUCUUCGGAGGAGGCCACGGCGGAGAUCCGAGAGCAGGGGGACGGGGCAGAGGACGAGGAGUGGGAUGACUGAGGUCGCCUCUGGGUCCCACCAGCGCUGCUGAGAAUUUCUUCCAUCAACGUCUACUCUGGAGCUCGGCUUACCUGGUUCUUCCCUACAGCCGCCAUGGAAUACCCUUUGAAUAAGCGUUGCUAAAACCAAAUCCCAGACCGUGACAUGAGCAGUGGGGGCCCCAUGCUGUGGCUCAUGGUGGGCCCGUCUCUAGAUAUUUUCAUGGUGGCCCUUGCCCUGAGUGGCAGCCUUGUUUCUAGAGGCAGGCAGUGGAUGGGUCCCCCCCUGGGCAGUCAGAGGAAUUGAACUUGGUCUUGGCGUAGACUUGGGGAAUGUCCCUCAUCUGCAUGCAGAGUGCCUCAGGUGUUCCUUCCUCUGUCCUUGUUGUAUUUCUUGCCUUCCCUGCACACCUGUCGCUUUUCCCCAGUGCCCAGUGGUGUAGCCUCUGCUCUCCCGUUCACACCUCCCUUUCCCCCAUGUGCCCUUUUCUUCCCCUACAGCUGCCAAUUCUUUAUCCCCCCUCUGGUUCUCUGCCACACGGGGGGCUCCUGUCUCCUGACCUCCCUGGCUGCUUUCCUGGGGCUGCUCUCUGGGAGGCCUAGCACAUUCACAGGUAUGGCUGGCUGAUCCCUACCUUUCAGACUCACUCUACCAGGCCACAUUUUGAUAACAUCUUUGUCUUCAUUUUUUGUACUUUGAGAACUUUUUUCGAAUGAGUAAAUUUUCAGAAAAGGAUUCCUUUAUGCUGACUGGGUUACGUCAGGUGUGAACAGUCUUCCAACUGAGCGGUGAUCCUGUAAGAAGGAAGCCGUGUCUUUUUGAUCAUGAACAUUUCCUUGCUGGGUAGUGGGCCCACACCCAGAUCUGUGACGAGAUGUGGAAUUGACUUCUACACGUCCCAAGAAUGGGCACAGACGUGGUGGCAUGUGGGUCCUGCUUGCCUCGGGGACAAGAGGGGGCGGUGACGAGUCCCCUGAUGUAUCAAACACAGCACUAGAUGCUUUCCGUGUUAAUAAUUACAGCCCGCUUCCUGAUGCUAGUACAGAUGUCCCCCGCUUUAAGAAAGUUCGUGUUAUGACCCUUGGCUUUUAUGACAGACCUACCUUAGUACCUGUUUUUGCUAACCGAAAGCAAUCUGAAGGGGGUUUUCAUUUUUAUGAGAAAAGGCAAAAACUGAAAAUUGUGUUCAGCAUUUGUUUUGCCGCGAGCCGUUACAGAGGCUGGGCACACCCCAAGCAGCGAGAGUGGCCCCAUGAGUCUCCUUCCCUGGGAAUGACACUCGGCAUCCAGCCCCCAUAGCUUUGAACUGUCUAUGAGCACCUGCUUCACCUCAGUCGAUUAUGGGCAUGCGUUAGCAAGAUGUGCCCUAAGGUUUCAGGAAAGCCUAAGUGAAUGCUCAAAAAAUUUCCCAUUGUUUCUUCACUUUCUACCAUUUCAGUUUAUAAAAAGUUUCAUAGGAUUGCUGUACUUUUUGCAUAGUGGGGGAAACUUAUAUUUGCUCAGCGCUGGCAAAAUCUUACUUUUCACAGCAAUCCCAUGAGGUACCUGUGAUUAUUUUUUAAGGUGCAUGUGAUUAUUAUUCCCAUUUUUUUUUUUUUUGUAUGAUUUUGAAACUUACAGGCUCCAUCCGUAGUAUAUAGAGGAGAGAGGACUUUAAACCCAGGCACUCAGAUUUCAAACUCUGUAUUCUUUACUGGCUUAUUCUGCUUCCACGUGUAUGUAACAGGGAAGAAAGGGGGCUUCAGAGAGGUUGAAGCAACUGGCCCAGAGUCACAGCUAAUAGGUGAAACAGCCAGAAUUCAAAUCCAGAGAUGUCCAAAGCAAAGCUUAUGUUCCUUCCCCUGUCCUUUGCUUCCUUGGCCUAUAGAAGGACCUUGAAUUCAGGGGCCCGAGGAGUCCUGGCCCUGUGAAGUAGGGUUAUAUUCCUAGACUUGAGGGAACUUGUCUAAAUCCUUGACUGCUGACCUGCCCAGGCUGAAGUCAGUCCUACUGAUUAGCAGUUGAGCAGGUAAUAUUAUGCCUCCAGCAGUUAUUAUCUUGAUUCCAGUUUUCAUUUACCUUCUUGCAUAUUUGAGCCAGUGCUCGAUGAUAUGACUGUGAGGUUUGGGAUUAGCGCUCCAUUGGGGCCACCUGAAGUCAUGGGUCACUGGGCUGCUCAUAGAUCUCUUCUGUUCUUGUUGCCCUUUUCUUAGUUCAGAUCCUUGUGACCUUUGACCUCAACCAUUAUAGAAGGUGCCUCCCUGGUAUCCUGUGUCUGAAUGGGGCUGGCUGGAACCUCCACCAUGGGGAUGGCCAGGGAAGUGGUUAAGCAGCAAGAGGACUGGG